AUGGAGCCACAAAUUGCAUAUGCGCAGGACGAGUACGGACGGCCCUUCAUCGUCGUUCGUGAACAGGGCAAGAAGACCCGCGCGAACGGUAUUCAGGCCAUCAAGAACCACAUCUCGGCUGCCAAGACGGUCGCCAACAUCCUCAAGACAUCCCUUGGGCCCCGUGGUCUCGACAAGAUCCUCAUCAGCCCCGACGGAGACAUUCAGGUCACAAAUGAUGGUGCCACCAUCAUGAACAACAUGGAACUCGACCACCAGAUUGCAAAGCUGCUCGUCGAGCUCAGCAAGAGUCAGGACGACGAGAUCGGAGACGGCACAACCGGUGUGGUCGUGCUUGCAGGUGCAUUGUUGGAACAGUCCGAGGCGUUGAUCGACCGAGGCAUCCACCCUAUCCGCAUCGCAGACGGUUUCGAACGCGCGUGCAAUCUCGCCGUCCAGGAGCUCGAAAAGGUCGCUGACGUCGUCGAGUUCGACAAGGAUAACAUCACCGAACUCAUGAAGGUCGCAAAGACAUGUCUCGGCUCCAAGAUCGUCUCGAAAGCGUCGGACAAGUUUGCCAAGAUCGCCGUCGACUCGGUGCUCUCGGUAGCAGACCUCAAGCGACGCGAUGUGGAUUUCGAGCUGAUCAAGGUCGACGGAAAGGUCGGCGGUGGAUUAGAGGACACACAGCUCGUUCAGGGUGUUGUCAUCGACAAGGACAUGUCGCAUCCUCAGAUGCCCCGCGUCGUCAAGGACGCCAAGAUCGCCAUCCUCACAUGCCCCUUCGAGCCACCUCGUCCCAAGACCAAGCACAAGCUCGACAUCACUUCCGUAGAGGAGUACCGCAAGCUGCAGGACUACGAGCGACAAAAGUUCGAGGAGAUGAUCAAGCGGGUCAAGGACUGCGGUGCCAACCUUGUCGUCUGCCAGUGGGGUUUCGACGACGAGGCUAAUCAUUUGUUGCUCCAGCACGAGCUGCCCGCCGUCCGAUGGGUCGGUGGCCCGGAGCUUGAGCUCAUUGCCAUCGCCACUAACGGCCGUAUCGUUCCUCGAUUCGAGGAUCUCUCUCCAGAGAAGCUCGGUCGCGCCGGCGUUGUCCGAGAAGUCGGCUUCGGUACAACACGCGACCGCAUGCUCAUCAUCGAGGAGUGUGCCAACACACGUGCCGUCACCGUCUUCGUCCGCGGCUCCAACAAGAUGAUCAUCGAUGAGGCCAAGCGCGCGCUUCACGAUGCCAUCUGUGUGGUGCGCAACCUGGUCGUCGACAACCGCGUGGUGUACGGUGGUGGAGCCGCCGAGAUCUGCGCCUCGGUAGCCAUUUCGAAAGCCGCCGACGAAAUCGCAUCGUUGGAACAGUAUGCGAUGCGAGCGUUUGCCUCGGCCUUGGACGCUAUCCCGCUGGCGUUGGCCGAGAACUCGGGCUACUCGCCCAUCGAGACGCUCGCAGAGGUCAAGUCGAGACAGGUCACCGAGAAGAACCCCAAGCUGGGCAUCGACUGCAUGGGUGCAGGCGACAACGAUAUGAAGAACUGCCGCGUAUUCGACCCGCUCGUGUCCAAGAGGCAGCAGUUGUUGUUGGCGACCCAGCUGGUCAGGGCCGUGCUCAAGAUCGAUGAUGUGAUCGAGCAGCACAACAUCGAGUAG